GUCUGUGCCAAGAAGUUGCAGAAGACAAAGGCAUUCAGUUCAGCAAACAAACCGUUGCAGCUAUUUCAGAGAUCACCUUUAGGCAAUGUGGCAUGGAAAACGAACUGUAAUCAAUUCAGAAGAUGUGAAGCUUUUGGCCAGGAGAAGCAACUCUUUGCUAAGGUAUAUCACCCAGAAGAGUGAAGAGCUUGCAUUGAAUAAUCUGGAACAAAAGGAAAGGAAGAAAAAGAAGUCCAGCGCAGCAAAAGGAAGAACCACCUCUGAUGAGCAAGUGGAGGCUGUUAUGGCUGAGAGUGAGGAUUCCAACAUGGCGUGAUCUUCCUCUCAAACCGCUUCUUUGCUUGCUCUCUGCUUUGAAACAUGGAGCAGUAAGGAUCUAAUACUAUCUUAGGGAAACAGCAGCCUAUUUGUAUGGGAACUCCAUUGGGAGAUGCCUUUGUGAGGUAGCUAUAGCUUUGAGUCCUUAGGUUUUAGGUGAACAUGAUUAAUAUUUUAGUUCCAUCUGCAAAAAUAGGCAUCAAUACCAAAAGCUUUUUAGAAGUCAUCAAAGGAAGGUUUACAAAGACAAGUAUUGCCAUAAUAUUUUCAUGUUUUUCUAUUUAUAUUUCCCAAAAGAGAAUUUAUUAUUGUGUGCUUGAAACUCUAAAGCAAGGUAUCCUUUACCUAGCCACGUAAAAUAAUCUAGAGAGUGUGAAGGGCUCUUUCUGGCAAUCCUCCAUGUCAUUUGUGGUUGGCUUCUUCAAAUUGCCAGUCUGAAUUGUGAUACUCCACACUUGUUGGUUGCUGCUUUACUGAAGUGUAUAAACAUUUUUCAGCUUGUCAUUCUUUUUGGCUAUUAAAGUAAAUUUUCCUGCAUAA